ACUCGCAGCGAGCGAACAAAAUUGUCGUCGCCCUGUACAAUUACACGGCCCGAGAGAGUACGGAUGUGAGUUUCAUGAAGGGAGACCGCAUGGAGGUGCUGGACGAUUCCGAGCCCGACUGGUGGAAGGUGCUCCAUCUCACGACCCUCCAGGAGGGACUCAUACCCUUCAACUUUGUCGCCGUCGAACGAUCCGUCGAAAGCGAAGACUGGUUUUUCGAGAACGUGUCGCGCAAGGAAGCCGGCAAGCUACUCCUGGUGGACGAGAACCCCCGCGGUACCUUCCUGGUGCGGCCCAGCGAGCACAACCCGCGCGGCUACAGUCUCUCGGUUAAGGACUGGGAGGAGGGCCGGGGCCACCACGUCAAGCACUACAAGAUCAAGCCCCUGGACAACGGCGGCUUCUUCAUCGCCACCAACCAGACCUUCCCGACCCUCCAGGCCCUCGUCAUGGCUUACAGCAAAAACGCCCUGGGCCUGUGUCACGUGCUGUCGAAGCCGUGUCCAAAGCCACAGCCGGACAUGUGGGAUCUGGGCCCGGAGCUCAGGGACAAGUGGGAGAUCGACCGCAAGGAGAUCCAGCUGAUCAGGAAACUCGGGUACGGGCACUUUGGCGAGGUCUACUACGGCAAGUGGCGCAACAAGAUCGAGGUGGCCGUCAAGACCCUCAGACCCGGCACCAUGUCGACCGAGGCUUUCCUGCAGGAGGCAGCGAUAAUGAAGCAGUUCCGGCACCGGCACCUGGUCGCCCUCUACGCGGUCUGCUCGAAGGAGGAGCCGAUCUACAUAGUCCAGGAGUACAUGUGCAACGGCAGUCUGCUCGAUUUCUUGCGCACCGGCGACGGCAAGUACAUGCAGUUCGAGGACCUGAUCUACAUCGCGGCCCAGGUCGCCUCGGGCAUGGAACACCUCGAGAGUAAGCAGCUCAUACACAGGGACCUGGCCGCCCGCAACGUGCUCAUCGGUGAGAAGAACAAGGCCAAGAUCUGCGACUUUGGCCUGGCGAGGAUCAUCGAGGACGACGAGUACUGUCCGAAACAGGGUAGUCGCUUCCCGGUCAAGUGGACCGCACCCGAGGCCAUCGUCUACGGACGCUUCAGCAUCAAGAGCGACGUCUGGUCCUACGGCAUCCUCCUCAUGGAACUCUUCACCUACGGACAGGUUCCCUACCCUGGUAUGCACGGCCGGGAGGUGAUAGAGCAGGUGAACAACGGCUACCGCAUGCCGAAGCCAGUCAACCACCCGCUGCCGGACAGCAUCUACCGGCUGAUGUUGCAGUGCUGGGACGCGGUGCCGGAGAAGCGGCCGACCUUUGAGUUCCUCAACCACUACUUCGAGUCGUUCAACGUCACGAGCGAGAUACCGUAUUUGGAGCCGCCGACGGACUGAUACAUGACGGCCGCGGCGGCCGCGUCCCACCUAGUGCCACACCACCACCAUCAUCACUACCAUCCGCAUAACGUCAACUGUGCCAUGGAAUUUUACGGUAUUUACUGUUGAAGGAGCUUGUAAUGCUGUCUGCACAUACUGCCACACGUGGAUGUAUCGAAUGCGACUCUCUCUCUCUCUAUUUUUUUUUUUUUUACUUAUUGAGCGUCAGGCAAAGUACGACGAGGCUGAGCUGAGCUCGAAAUGAAAAAAAUAUGUCGAAACGUGACGUUUUGGGGAACAUUUUGUAAUCGACGGGGAACUUUUUGCGUAUUAAUUUUACUCUGUUGUGCGGGUAGGUAAGGUAAAAUGCAGCUGACAAUUAACAAACAAAAGUCAAUUUCCAGAGAAAUCGAAAACAAAAAAAAAAAAAGCUACGUUUGGGUACUAAGCCGACCCUGGCAAAGGUGCUUCUGUAUACGCACUGAAUAUCGUUCGAUAGGUAGCCGAUAACAAAGAAUCACACAGUUCAGUGCAAAGUAUCAACGACGAUUGACUCCAGGUGCCAUAAUAGCGCACGUCCACAAUUCCAGAAACACGUAUAGGUAGAUGUGCGCGCGCGCGCGACGCCGGUAAUCGUUAUUUAUUGUUUACUGAUGUAUAAAAAAAAAAAAUAACAAAAAAAAACAAAAAACAAAACAAAAAUACAUAAACGUAAGUCGCACAUGACAACAGUCACCAUGACACGGAAUGUCUGUAUAAAUGGUUUUUGUAGAGUCAUUUUUACGUGAUGCCGACUGAACGAAGGAGAAAAAGGUUUAACUGUAACCCAUCACUGGAUAAAAAAGGGUUAUUGAAGUAACGACGAGGUCUUGGUAAAGUAAUUUUUAACAUAGUAUUUUUAAGAAGUAGGUCUGUUUCGAAUCGACAAUUAUACAUAUAUAUAUAUAUAUAUACAUACUGUUAGGAUGUAAAACUAGUUACCGUGUAACUGCGAAUUAGUCUGUUAGAGACAGUUACGAUUUAUAGAUAAAACGAAUGAAUAAAAAAGUAAUAAUAAUAAUAAAGUUGAAAAGACAUUUCGAGUCCAGGUACAGGAAGCGGAAACACUUCAGAGUUAGAUUAUAUUUAUAUUGACAAAGACGUAAGGUAUAGGGAGGUAAAAGACAUUGUAGAGCAAAACUGUUGAUUGAGUUUAGAGUUGAGAAGGUAAGCGUUAGAGAUUAUUUGUAUGUAAAUUUAAUGCGUGAUGAAUUAAAAGCAGGGAAAAAUAACUGUUCUUUUCUCGAUUUUUCGCUGUGAUUCAAACUGCCCAAAACUGAACCAUGACUCUGACAACUUGAUAAUUAAAAUCGCAAGCGCGAACGGAGCUUUGUCACGUAAAAACUAACAUUGAAAUUUUCCAAUUUCUUUGCCUCAUUCGAUUCUUUGUACGGGACGUGAUUGUUAUUUCAUGUAAAAUCGUUUUUAAGAGACAUAAAAAAAGCGAUGUAAAAUAGUUAAAAAAAAAAAAAUCAAGGAAAUUGUAAAAAUUUAAGCGUUGGUAACUUUGACUAAUAUUCUCCGAGUAGAUUCUAUUUUCCUUCACAUGAUAAACUAGAAAAAUUAUAUAUUACUCGUUUAGAUGAUUAUAAUAAAGACGAUAUCGCCAUAAAAAACAAAAUAAUGUAAUAAAUGUAUCCAACAAAGUUUCAAACCAUCCGUAGAAAAAAAAAGUUUCUAAAUAAAAACGAGCGGAUGACGAAUGAAACAGUUUAUUAUUUAGCCAAAUAACUAGAAAAACAGAAAAAUAAUCAACUUCAUCAUUAGCAAUGGAUGUUACUGUGAAGUAUAAUCUGCGAAAAAUGGCACAACUUUUUUUUUUAAAUAUUGUACAUGUUAGAAAAUAACAAAAACAAUUUUGCAUCAUCUCCACGACAAUGGUGUCUCUUUACAGUUGACGCGUAUAUCCCUCCAUGUAUUAUUAAUUCAAAACUGCAUUUCGUCUCUCUAUAAAAUGAAUUUCGAACAAAUGUAACAUACAGGUCACUGUUAGGCAUGCAUAGUAGAUAUCAAGAAUUUUCAAAUUAUUGGGAUGAAAAAUAGCUUAAAAAACGUAUUUUUUAUAUUCAUUGAUUUUACACCUCGAUAAGAGAAAAAACACAAAUAUCAUUGCUUAACUCGGCCUUAAAAAGCAUAUACACUGCAGACAAAUAUCUUAGAAAGAAUAAACAGUGGUGACAUGUACACCAUUAGAGCUAUGGAAAUUGCCUAACAGUGAUUGCGGUAAUAACGUAAAAAGGGGGGUAAGCAAGUUUUUGGGUCAGCGUUGCGCAAUUCGCGCACGAUUCAAACUUAAUCUCGCUCAAUUACGCGUUACGAGAAAAAUUAUAUACACGUACACAUAAUAUACACACAUACUGUAGGAUCCGUGGAGUAGUGAAAAGUGGAAACGCGUUGGAAAAUGAUGUGUGUUACAAGAUAAUCGAAUGGCUUUUUUUUCGACAAAGUGCUUUUUUCUUCUACUCCCAAGACAAAUCUCAAAGUGCUAAAAUAACUUUUUGAAUCCAAAAUUUUUUAGUGCCCAACAACAUUUUUAAAUAAUUUACAAGCAUUUGUGCAAGAAGUGAUUCGAUCAUUCGAAACUCAAUGAAGCAAUACGAGCGUUUGAGUAUUGAUAAUUAUACCUACUUUUUUCUACGCGACGGCGAAUAACAUUUUUGACUGAGUACAGGUAAAUAUUUCAAAAGCGAAUUUCAGCAUUUGCGAAGAAAGUCAUAGAGUAGAAUGAUAUUCAAAGUUAAAUAGAAAAUGUGACCAUGAUCAGCUCAAAAAUCCAAUCGACUGUUCUCGAAUACGAAAACUAGGUGUCGCACAAUUUUUCUACCCAAGACUGUAAAAGUGCAGAUUUCCUGUACUUUUGAAAUUGCGAUUUUUAUUUACUUAACCUGGGGACCAAUUGAGUUUCGACAAAUUAAUUCUCGAUGGUUAAAAAGUAACUGCCAGACUUUCAACUCUUAGUCAAAGUAAAUAGUAAAAAAAAAUAACAAACGCAUUCUCGAAAAGUAAUAAAAUUUCAGCCACGCUGUAUGUAACAACUGAAAUUUCCUUAUUUUUUUGUACACCCACUUGCUCGUCAUAACAGAUUAGACUCCAAAGUUGUUAUAUAGGUGUUAUAUGUAUAGUCUUGAAUACGAAAAUUUGAGAAGAUACAAAUCAGGAAACUAGACCUGAUUUGUAAGAAAUUUUGUAAGUUUUUACCAAAAUUCGUACUAAUUAGA